UUGACUUGAACGGUUUUUGACUGGGAUUUAUUAUAGGUCUGUCUUUACCCUAUAAUGAGAACAAUAGCCUGAUGUUGCUGUUGUGCUUACAUCAGCAUCGAGUAAACACAAUUUGGUUGUCUGCUGUAGGCAGGGGUUAAACAACGGUGAGACGGCUUGUUUUGGGGGACAGUAUCUCCCAUCAUAAUUGCUGAGUCAACGCUUGGGUGCCGUUCAAAUCUGUGCCGGGUUGUAGAGCGAGAGAGGGGGCAGGGAUCAUGGCUGCCACCGCCAGUGAUCAUGGCGAAGAGCCGGUGAAGAACGGCCACACUAACCCGGCCUACGAGGCAAAUGGCGAGGAAAGCCUACCCCGCCACGCCACGGUAAUAGACGUCGGGGUGGAUGCUUUGUACAAGGGCUCCCCACGACAUGUCCAGGUAUCCCCCACAAACACAGAUGUCACGAGCAUACAGGGUACAUCUUCACUACCGGAGACCCUUUUGAACACCGACUGUGGUUAUUGCUGUUGGACCCCUAGCUGCCUACGUAGACUGGCUACGGGGAGGUUCUUCGUACUCUUCUGUAGUAUUCUUUCCCUUACCGAGGCGGGACUCACGAUUGGGUAUAUAAGUAGUGCGGUCACGAGUAUUGAAAAGCACUUCAACUUCAAUAGUACAUUGACAGGUUUCGUAAUCAGUUGCUAUGACAUUGGUACUCUACUCGUCGUUUUGACCAGUUACUACGGGGGUCGUCCCACAUCAAACCGUCCCAAAUGGAUCGCCUGGAGUGCAUGGACCAUGGCCCUAGGCGCAUGCAUCGUCCCACUAUCACACUUUGUCACCGGGAACUACUACGUUGCCGGAAAUCAAGACAACUCGACCGACUCGUUGCUUUGCGUCGACGGGAGCGCCACCCCGGGCCCGACGGUCGACACUGACGCCGAGUGUAACACCUCAGAGGAGCCUGUUAUUGCUGCGUUAGCUUGUCUUAUACCAGGCAUGCUACUCAUUGGGGUUGGUUCGACCUCCAUGUUUACGCUAGGCACAACAUACAUAGAUGACUUCGUGAGGAGAAGUGAAUCGGCUAUUCUUUUAGCCAUUUUCUUCUGCACAACGGUAGUCGGUCCUGGAGUGGGCUUCGCAGUGAGUGCCCUCGCUCUCGGCUUCUACGUUGACUUUAAUACAGUGGCCCCUGAGAACGUGCCUUUGACCCCGAAUGACCCCGAGUGGGUAGGGGCAUGGUGGCUAGGAUACUUCAUCUGUGCUGCUAUGAUUGCCAUACCAGCGAUACCAGUCUACGCGUUCCCAGGUAGCCUACCUAAACCACAUGAGGAGACGUUUAAGGCAAAGAAGGAGGAUGAUGGGAAGGAGGUUGUGAAUUCACCAAACGAUGAUGAGCAAAUGAUGAUGUCGUUUAAUGACGUCUCUAUAAAACAAAUGCCUCGUGCAAUAUGGAACCUACUCAAGAAUCCAGUGUAUAUGAUUAUUAACGUAGCGUCUGCAAUGGAGUUUAGCAUUGUAUCGGGUUUUGUGCGGUUCUCACCCAAGUUUAUACAGUACCAGUUUAAUCUACCAGCAUCCACCGCUAACCUUAUAACAGGUACACUGGUCCCCACGGGAGCUAUUGGUGUUAUCAUCGGUGGUAUCAUAUUAAACAGGGUUAAACGUGACCUCAUGUCUACCAUUAACGUCUUAUGUGCUUUCACAAUAAUAUCUGGUCUUCUCUAUGGAUUUCUGUACAUACCCGAAGGAUGUGAGAGCGUGCCAUUGGCUGGUGUUACAACGUCUUAUAUACACGGAUCAUCCUACGAACAGAAUCUAACCGCCUCCUGUAACUCAUUAUGUCAGUGCAGUGACUCCGUCUACAGUCCUGUAUGCGGAUCAAAUGGUGUCAAAUAUUUCAGCCCAUGUCACGCUGGGUGUUUAGACCAGUCAGAUAUCCUCAUAGUGGGAGAAGAUAGUACGAGUACAUCCACGAAUUACACAAACUGCAGUUGUAUCGACGCGUAUUACAAGGACAUCUCGUCCUUGAGUCAAUACACGAACAACCACCACCAAGGUUUCGCCUUGCAAUCAUCUGGAGCUGGCAGCCCGGGUGAGGGCGGUAUGACAGAGGAGCAGUGUGAACCAGAAUGUAAUUCCAUCAUUCCGUUUGUUGUUCUCCUAUUGGUUGUGGUGGGAGUGACGUCAGUAGUGCAGAUGCCUGCCCUUCUGACAGUGUUAAGGAGCGUUAAAAAAGAGGAGCGACCAUUUGCGCUGGGUUUGCAGUUUGUCAUCAUCAGACUUCUAGGAUACAUCCCGGCACCAGUCUACUAUGGCGCCACCAUCGACAGCGCGUGCAUCCUCUGGCAAGAAACGUGCAGCGAUCGUCGAGGGGCUUGUCUUGAAUACGACAACGAGAAAUACUUCAACCGCUACCUCGGGCUGUCCACGGGGCUCAAAUGCAUCUCAAUGUUGCUAGCAGUCGCCUGCUGGAUCAUAGUCAAACGCCGUACACGGAUGGAGUGGAACCUUAAACACGCCGAUGACUCUUCCACAAGGGAGCUGAACCAAUCCAACGGGUCACUCUCAACCAACAUCGACAACAUUUCACAAUCUAACGGCAUCUCUGUUAUCAGUAAUUUCAAGAUGGCGGACGCCAAUGAUAUCGGGUAUCCACAGAACGGCACAACUUCCACGGGUGUUACUCCUAGCUGAUGACAGUUGUCUUAAAAUAACUUCCAAACUUCCGUGAAUCAAACACAGUUUUUAAUAAACCCGUCCGUUGUUGCGGUGCUUUUGCAAUUUUGGGUGAUUAACAAACAGGCAGAAUUAUUAACAUAAAUUUUUUAUUGGAGGGAUGCACAUUAUGUUUCAUUUGAUUCCUCCGAGGGUUUGUUGACACUUUGUACAGUAAGACGCAAUUGCUAAACCUCCGAAAAAAAAUUAUGUAAAAUAUAUUGAUUUUUAUAAUAAUAACUCAAUAUUUUGAUAAAAUUUACUGUAUAUGACCAAUCCACUUAAACAAGUAAAUAAUUGUUUUGGGUAUUUCAAUAUGACGAAAAAAAUUAAGUUUUGAUGCAAAAAAAAAAAAAAAAAAA